GGCAUCGCUAAACAUAUGACUAUCGCCUCGCACAAGGCACUGGAAUCAGCUGUUCGGUUCAAAAUGUAAACAGCACGCGAACAUGUUAUAGUUGAAAGUAUUCGUUCUGUAGCAACUUAAGUGAAAUUUUGCGACUAGGCCGUAUCGUAAAGACAGAGGCGACAUGUCGAUGCUUACUCAGAUAAAUCCUUUACUUAUAAAAAUUCCAAAUAUUCGAUUUGCAGCACCUUUCAGAAACAUUAAUUUAUCGGUCCCUCAAAAGAUAACCGUAGUGUCGGUGACAGUCGGAGUGGUCUUAAUCGGUUUUUUAGCGAGAUACUUGCGUCGCAGAAGAAGGGUGAUUAAUUACAACAAACGUGGAGCUAAUCAACGUAUCUACUCUUCCCGAGGCGCAAAAAGUCCGAAUGGAGACGCGGGCAGCGUGCAGAGCGGCCGCCGCAGCGGCAGCCCGGGCGGCGCGCGCCCGCUGACUCGCCAGGGCUCCGUGCUGUCGUCGGACCGCGGCUCGCUGCCCGCCUCGCUCGGCCUCGGACUGCCCUCCGCCUCCGAAGCGCCCGCCGGACUCACACCGCAGCAGCUCGGCGUCAUGGGUACUGUAAUAGCAGCGCCCGUGUGGCUGUGA